GGGAGUUAAAAUAAUUAUGUAUUAAGAAAAGAAUGAGACAUGUGAAACAUCAUGCUGAAUCAACCUGUGGUCUGAAGCUAUCUUAUGAAAACUGAAGUUGUGCAGAAUAAUUCUAUUUUCCACCUGCAUUAUCCAGUCUGGACACAAGACGAUUCAGAAAACAUACAGUAGGAACAAAAUGAGCAAAUCUGUGGAAACUUGCUUUGUUUUGCUUAUUGUUUAUCUGAGGUUCAUUUCGCUGAUGGGAACAAACUCACAGUUACCACCAGAGGGACAGACAGAUAACAAAAAUUUCACAUGCCCUCACGUGUGCACAUGCAUUUUCGAUGACUACACUGAAGAACUGAAUGUCUACUGCAGCUCUCACAAUCUUACCAGCAUUCCUAACGAUGUACCAACUAAUGCCAAAACAGUGUGGUUUGACAGUAACAACUUCACAGUUCUUCCAUCCUAUGCUUUCAGAAAUCUGCCAAAUCUGGACUUCCUGAACCUUGAGAAAGGACAGAUAGUUAGCAUAGACCAACAUGCUUUCUAUGGUUUGAAGCAACUGGUCCACCUCCACUUGGAAAGGAACAAUCUGAAACACCUGACACCAAGAGUAUUCCAGCACACUCCAAUUCUUGGCUCACUUAGUCUGAACAACAACAACUUUGGCAAAAUUGAGGAAACAUUAUUUUCCAGCCUUUCCCAUCUCUGGUACCUGAAUCUGGGUUGGAAUAAUCUUGCAGUGUUGCCUACAGCAAGUUUUCAUAAUUUGUCUAAGUUAAGGGAGCUUAUUUUAGCGGGAAAUAGACUUAUUUACCUGCAGCCACAACUAUUUACCAGCUUGACAGAGCUGAAGGAACUUGAUCUGUCUACAAACCUGUUGAGAAUUAUUAAGAGGAACAUCUUUCUGAAACUGCAAAAACUUCAGAAGCUCUAUUUGAGUCAUAAUCAAAUCAGCACUAUCAUGCCUGGAGCUUUCAUGGGAAUGAAGUCUCUCAGGUGGUUAGACCUGUCCCACAAUCGUAUUACCAUAUUGCAUGAGGAGACAUUUGCUGGGCUCCCAAACCUCCACGUACUUCGAGUGUUCAACAACUCCAUCACAAGGUUAAAGUACAAGACCUUCAGAGAACUUCAAUUUCUAGAAGAGCUCCAAUUUGGGUACAACAAAAUUAGAAGUCUUCCUGAGAACAUUUUUGAGGGCUUAGUCCAGCUAGAAGUCCUCACUCUGAAUAAUAAUCAAAUACAGGAGAUCAGACCAGGCGCAUUUGUUGGUCUUUGUGAUGUAGCCGUCCUUAAUCUAUCUAGCAACUUCUUAAAGGACUUAGCAGAAUACACCUUUAAGGGUCUUUCUAAUCUUCAUAGUUUGCAUUUAGAAAAUAAUGCAGUCACAAGAAUUCAACCCAACAUAUUUUCUGGACUGAUUGGCCUUCGACGACUUUUCUUGCAAAAUAAUCACAUUUCAGUCAUUGAGAAUCAUAGCCUCAGUGACUUAGGAGGGCUUUUGGAACUAGAUUUCAGGUACAACAAACUCGUAGAGCUAUCUCCUCAUGCCUUCACAGGAAUAUCAAAUCUGGAAUAUCUUCUGUUAAAGUGCAAUAAACUUGCAAAAAUUCCCGACAUCGCCUUUCAACCUCUUCAGCAGCUCUCUUGGCUUGAUUUAUCACAGAAUUUUAUUGAGUUUUUCUACAAUCAUACUUUUAAGCCACUGACCAGGUUAAAAUAUCUGAACCUCAAGAACAAUUCUUUAAGACAUUUCCCAGAUCAACUUUUGAAACAGUCAUCAGAACUUGAACAAUUACUGUUGGAUGGUAAUAGAUGGCAUUGCGACUGCUUGUUGAAGUCCCUCAGAGACUACUGUCUGGAGAACCCCCAUGUUGUGCCCCGUUACUUUGAAUCAACAGUAGAAAGGGAUGAAAGUCAUACAGUUGUGUAUACAUACAAUAACAUCACAUGUGCAAGCCCACAAGCCAUAGCUAGUACAGAUCUGAGAGACAUCAGCGAGGACUAUUUUGUUAACUGCUAACAUCAAGCGCAACAUGAGAUGUUACCUACAAUUAUCACAGUCAAAUUAUUCAAAUGGCUAUAUUGUGAUUACUUCAUCUUUUACAAGCACAUAAUAUCUACAUAUGCAAUUAUAACAAUACAUUAAUCAGUUAAUGGGGGCCUGACAUUUCUGGCCAGUAUAAAUUGUUAUUGAUGCAAUAUUUCCUUCAGGCUCAGUAAGCUUAUUAUAAACACAAGAGAUUAUGCACAUUCUGAAAACAAAAGCAACAGUCCCAAAAUGCUGAAGGAACUCAGCAGGUCAAGCAGCAUCUAUGGAAGGGAAUAACAGUCGAUGUUUCAGGCCGAGGCCCUUCAUCAGGACUUCCUUAUUAAAGUUGUGCAAAUAAUGCUCAGCUGAUUGAGCAGAAAUAAUAAUAACUGCACUAACUUGAACAUUAAGCAGCAUAAAAGGUAGUAAAAUGUUUCACAGUGCUCGGGGAAAUUAUUUUACUGGUUUGGUGAACCAGAAACAGAAUUGAAACUGAUGGAUGUCAGUAGGAACGCAAGAAAAUUUAGCCACUUGGCAAAUUAUAUAUUUUAUGAACAAAAUGUUCUACUGAACCAAAAUACUGAAAAAUGCUGUAAAUCU